AUGGCCGCGUCGUCGUCGAUGUACACGCCUGACAAGCGCGUGGUCAUUUACCCAGCCUACAUAGAUGCGACAAGAACCAUCGCCCAGGGGCGCAAGAUCCCCAAGGAGAACUGCCCGCCGGAGCCCACGUCCGCGGAGAUCAUCGCGGCGGCCGGCGCGCUCGGACUUGAGGUCGAGAUGGAGGCGGACAAGCUGUAUUCGCGCGCGUGGAAGGAUCCUCUGCAGCAGGGCAGGGUGCGCGUGAAGCUCAGGGACGACGCGGGGAAGCCGUGCGUGGAGGACGUGCGGAGUCGGCGAGAACUCUACAUGAAGGUCGCGUUCAUGGUCACCAAGAUCCCGGACCGCGUGAAGCGCGGCGGCGGCCCCCCCAAGCGGCCAGACCCCCUCGCCCAAGUUCAGAGCGCCGUCCAGAGCAUGGGCGGCGGCGUGCCGAGCGGCAGUGCCGCGAAGAAGAUCGCGAAGAAGGCGCGCAAGGGCCGGAAGUGA